AUGUCGUUAAGCUGUGGUCCCUUACCAAUUUUUAACCAUGAAUUGCAAUCGUGGAAGAUAUUUAAAACCAGAAUUACGCAAUGGUUUAUUGCAAACGACAUAAAUGCGUCAAAUGAUGCUGCAGGAGUUAAAAGGCGAGCAAUUCUGCUCAGCGCAUUCGCCGAUGGUACGUUUAAGCUUGCCUCAGAUCUCGCUGUACCAAAGGAUCUCCAGCAAAUUCCGUUUGAGGAUAUCCUAACCAUCUUGGAUACUCAUUUCACACCGAAGCAGGUUGGAUUUAGCGAGCGCCACAAUUUUUAUGCCGCUACCCAACAGCCCACCGAGUCACCAUCGCAGUGGGCCGCUAGACUGCGCGGCCUAACCGUUCACUGCCAAUUUUCCAAUGUGGAGGAGGCACUGAGGGACCGGUUUAUUAUGGGUAUGCUGCCAGGAGUGGAAAAAGAAAAGUUAUAUACGCAAGAUAUUUCGGGUAUAACAUUAUCAAAAGCUGUUGAGCUAGCGGAGAACGUACGAAGCGCGCGGGCGAUUGCCGCCAGCGCCGCUGCCACCACCACCGUCGUCACCGAUGCCACCACGGAUCAGCUAUACAAAAUUGGUCAGGAUUCGAAGUGCGCGCGUUCUCGUCAAAAGUGCGCGGUAUGCGGUUAUACGAGUCACAGUGCGUCGGAGUGUCGUUUCGCUAAUUACAGAUGUAAAAAGUGUAAUAUGAAAGGACACUUGCGUAGAAUGUGCAAAAAGGUGAAUUACGUAAAUACGAGUGAGGUGGGCGAGGACAGCGAUGACGGUAAGAUAUUUAAUAUACGAUCAGUUAGGGGCGAGCCUUUAGUAGAAACCGUUACUGUCAAUGGCAUAGAUUUAGAAUUUCAAAUCGAUAGCGGAUCGGCGGUGACUGUGAUAUCGGAAAGAACAUAUAAAUUGCAUUUCCACGAUAUACCAUUAUCGUUCACUAAAAAGAAAUUAGUGAGUUAUACCGGUGAAGUUUUAGGUUGUGCCGGCCGUGUACAGAUGUCGCUUCAGUGGCGGGGCAAAACGUGUAUGCUGGACGUUUAUGUAGUUCGUAAUGGCGGCCCGCCACUGCUCGGUAGGGAUUUUAUUGCACGUUUCGAACUUCAACUGACGCCAAUACAUUAUUGUAAGCAAAUACAGAAUGAAAUUGAAACGCUACACAUACGUUAUCCUCAGGUAUUUUCGGGAGAACUUGGGUGUUUCAAUAAAUAUGAAAUUAAGUUAACCUUGAAAGAGAACGUUAAGCCAUUGUUUUUUAAGGCGCGUCCUAUUGCUUUCGCCUUGAGGGAUAAAAUAGAUAGCGAACUAAAGAGGUUGGUCGAUCUAGGGGUACUUCGUCCGGUUAGUUAUUCUGAAUACGCAUCCCCAAUCGUACCCGUAUUAAAACGCGAUGGCUCUGUCAGAAUAUGUGCAGAUUAUUCUGUUAGCUUAAACAAACAGUUAGUUAUAGACCAAUAUCCAUUGCCGACAGUUAAUGAACUUUUUUCUAAGUUACAUGGGGGCCAAUACUUUACUAAGCUUGACCUCUCAAUGGCGUAUAAUCAAUUUUGCCUAAAUGAAGAAUCUCAAAAGCUAACCUGUAUCAAUACCCAUCGGGGUUUAUUUUCUUAUACACGUUUAGUUUUCGGCUUAGCUAGUGCGCCGGCUAUUUUCCAGCGUGCAAUGGAAUAUGUACUAGCAGGAUUAAAUGGAGUACAUUUUUUACUGGAUGAUAUUCUGAUAACAGGCAAAGACGAUGCCGAGCACCUAGACAGGCUACACCAGGUGCUACAAAGAUUACAAGACGCGGGCUUAACGUUGCAAAAAAAUAAGUGCAGUUUUUUUAAAGACGAAAUAAGUUACCUGGGAUACGUCAUAAAUAGAAACGGUUUAAAGAAGUCACCGGAAAAGGUUAAAGCUAUAUUAGAAGCGCCAAUCCCCACAAAUGUUAACCAAUUACAAUCGUUUUUAGGCCUCGUCAAUUAUUACCGGGGUUUUGUUCCAAACGCAUCAUCUAUUUUAUCCCCCCUCUACCAAUUAUUAAAAAAGGGAAUAAAAUGGAAAUGGUCUAAAGUAGAAAACGAAGCGUUCGACAAUAUAAGAAAAAUAUUAUCCUCGGAACAGGUUUUAACACAUUUUAAUCCAAAUGAAACAAUUAUACUAACCGUGGAUGCGUCACCUAACGGGUUAGGUGCGAUAUUAUCGCAAAAAAAUAGUGCAGGUAUUGAAAAGCCACUCUCGUUUGCAUCACGGACGUUAAAUAAUGCCGAGAAAAGGUAUUCUCAAAUACAAAAAGAAGCUACUGCUAUCGUAUUUGGAGUACGGAGGUUCCACCAAUAUUUAUAUGGUAGGUCUACGCCUUUUAUUCUACGUACGGAUCACAAACCGUUAUUAUCAAUUUUUGGGCCAUACAAAGGAAUUCCAGAGGUAUCGGCCAACCGUUUGCAGAGAUAUGCUUUAUUUCUAAGCGGAUAUAAUUACACGAUAGAAUAUGUUAAGAGUUCGGAUAACAGAGCAGACUACUUGUCGCGUUUCAGCCUCCCGGACGCCGAUGCGAGCAGUGGCGGCACGGGCGGGGAUUCAAACGCGGGCUACACGGAAACCGCCGAUAUCGACGACCGCGCAGCGUACGUUAAUUUCGUUGUUAAGGGCGCGAUACCAAUAACCCUACAGGCGUUACGUGAUGCAAUAAAUAAAGAUCGCAUUAUGAAAAAGGUCAUACAUUAUGUUUUAGAGGGAUGGCCAAAAAAAGUUAAUGAUCCAGAGAUAAAACCCUAUAGUUUAUGCAAAUUAGAACUAUCAUAUGAAAAUGGUUGCCUUAUGCGUGGUCAUAAAAUAGUUAUCCCUGGAUCGUUACGUGAUAGAGUGAUAUCGGAGCUACAUACAUCACAUAUGGGUAUUGUUAAAACUAAAGCCGAAGCUCGCUCUCGGUUUUGGUUUCCAGGUAUUGACGGCGUCCUUGAGCGUAUGAUUGGCUCUUGUGAAAUAUGCAUGCAACUACGAGCAGCACCACCGCGCGUACAUAUUUCCCCGUGGAAAUAUCCUGCUGACCCUUUCCGAAGAAUACACCUCGAUUUUCUCGGCCCCAUCAACGGACAUAUGUAUUUGGUGAUCGUUGAUGCGUACUCCAAAUGGGUCGAAGUCUGCCGCAUGAAUACUACUUGUGCUUCCAUCGCAGUUAUAGAUAAAUUAUAUGAAUUCAUGUCAAGGUUCGGUCUUCCAGAGACUAUAGUGACUGAUAAUGGAACAUCGUUUUGCUCCCGGGAGUUCUUAGACUUUUGUCAUCUUAACGGCAUUACGCAUAUCACGUCACCUGCCUACCACCCGGCAAGUAAUGGACAAGCUGAAAGCUACGUGAAGGUAAUAAAAAGGGGUAUUAAGUCUAGUUUGUUGAGCAGCAAUAAUGUUAGAGAAUGUAAUUUAAAUCUCUUAAAGUACAUUUUCGACUACCGCAAUUCGGUCCAUUCCACGACGGGUUUAUCUCCCGCGCAAAUAGUUUUUGGUCGUAAAUUGAGAUCGCGGUUAGAUAUAUUAAAGCCAGCACCAUCGCCGCCCCUGUCUUCCUCACUCGCUAAAACAGUCCGAUCAAAACAGUGUUCACAGGUUAAGUCGCAUGGUGGGAAAGAAAAAAUGUUUUUACCCGGACAAUAUGUUUUAUAUAAAAAAUAUUCGAAUAAAAAUAAGUUCAAUUGGUGUAAAGGCGUAAUUAUACAAAAACUUGGUAAAAUCAUAUACUUAAUACGAGACUCCUUGUUAAAUACUGUUGUAAAAAAACAUGUAAAUCAAAUAAUUUUAUAUAAAGGCACUAUUAAUGCAAGUAGACCUUGGGAGCUAGAUAUUCUCAGCCCUGAUACCCCAGGUAGUUCAGUAUCGACACCGGCGUCAUGCGUACCUAUAUUACCGCCAGAUUUGCAAUGUCAUGACAAAGUUCGCGAGCUGGGAGAGGGGGAUGGACACGAGGACAGAAUAUUAACACCUAUGCCUGCAGCUGAGACUUCUAAUGAGAACUUGACGAAUUCUAAUGACUCUUGCCGCCAAUCACGAUCACCCUCACAUAUAACAGUAACGCAAGGAGUUCGGCGUCCAAAGUCGUCGGAUGAUGAAGAAGAGGUAUCACGGGCACAAGAGUAUCAAGCGCCAUUAAAACGAAAUCGCCCUAAGGUUGACUAUAAAAAGUUUUUUUAG